AACGCUCUGCUGCCUUGGCUAUAUAAAUAUCUUAUAAUGUGAGAUUGUGGUGCUCCCUAUCUGCUCUCCGAUGCUCCAAUAAUUGGUCGCGAAACCUCAGCAACGCCAGUUGAAGAAACAAUGACGCCGCGUUUGGACGUGCGGAGUCCCAAUGGCAACAACAAUGGUCAAAUUUCUGCACAACAUGAAGAAAUUUCCUGCGACUUGGAAAAUUUCCACUUACCAAAGCAACCUCCUGUUGAACUGGCGUUCUCCAACCUCACUUAUCACGUGACGGAUGACAAGAAAAACAGGAGACUGAUUUUGAAGUCGGUCAGUGGAAUAAUUCGCGCCGGCGAAUUGACGGCAAUUAUGGGCCCGUCUGGUGCUGGAAAAUCGUCUCUCCUAAACAAUUUAUCCGGCUACAGAACCGAUGGGGCGUCAGGACUGAUCACAGUAAAUGGCACCGAGCGAAAUUUGAGCCACUUUCGCAAGCAGUCUUGCUACAUCAUGCAAGACAAUCAAUUGCACGACAAUUUACGAGUGGCCGAAGCAAUGACGCUCGCAGCCAACCUCAAACUGCCAGACGAUUUCUGUAAUAAGCAACAAGUUAUUGACAACGUCCUGGAAACUUUAGGCCUGUUUGACCACAAGCAAAGCAUCACAAAAAAAUUGUCUGGAGGACAGAAAAAAAGACUGAGUAUUGCUUUAGAGCUGAUCAACAACCCUCCAGUCAUGUUCUUUGACGAACCGACUAGUGGUUUGGAUAGUUCUUCCUGUUACCAGUGCAUCAAACUUUUAAAAGACUUGAGCAGAGGUGGUAGGACCGUAAUUUGCACCAUUCACCAGCCGAGCGCCCGACUUUUUGAAAUGUUCGACCAACUCUACACCCUAGCCCAGGGUCAAUGCGUCUACCAGGGUAGUACUAGCCAACUUGUACCCUGGCUCGCUUCAAAUGGCUUCUACUGCCUCAGUAUUUACAACCCAGCCAAUUACAUAAUCGAAUUAACUUCUGGUGAGAAGAACCAAAAUCUUGAAAAGCUCUCUUUGGCUGUGGAUAAUGGAAAGCUCAACAUUCAAGACGCGGGAGCAGAAAACGUGGAAAUCAUAAAUUUUCCUUUGAUCGCAAAUCACGACCUGACGCCCUGCAGGGAAGACCUUUCAGUGACCUCAACCCUUCUACAGGAAAAGGAAGUUUUGGAGUCGAUUAAAAAGCCGUACCCAACUUCUGAGUGGACCCAAUUUUGGACCAUUCUCCGCCGCACUGCGCUCUUCACCCGGCGAGACAAGACUCUGAUGUACUUGCGGCUGAGUGCCUACAUAAUCGUUGGCCUGGUCGUGUGUAUUUUGUACAAUGACGUUGGGGAAGACGCUGCCAAAGUAUUCACCAACGUGAGAUUCCUCUUUUUCAACGCCCUGUUUGUUAUGUAUGGGGCUCUAACCGUUUCAAUUCUUUCAUUUCCUCUAGAAAUGCCUGUGUUGCGGAAGGAGACCUUCAAUGGCUGGUAUCCGUUGCGGCCGUAUUAUUUAGCAAUGACUUUGUGCGAUUUUCCAUUUCAGGUGGCUUUUACCCUAUUGUAUACAGCACCGGCGUAUUACUUUACCGGACAGCCAUUAGAAUGGGACCGAUUUGGGAUGUUCUUUCUUUCCUCUUUGCUCACAAGUCUGGUUUCGCAGAGUUUGGGAAUUAUGGUUGGGUCAGCAAUGAACAUCCAGAACGGCGUUUUCUUUGCGCAAGUACUCGUCGUUCCUUUGGUGAUGUUCUCUGGUGUGUUUUUGCGAUUCAGCGCAAUGCACCCGUUUCUCCGCUGGAUCUCGGACAUUUGCUUUGUCCGCUAUGGCUUCGAAGGUGUUGUUUUAGCAGUUUACGGUUUCAACAGAGAAACUCUUCCCUGCAUCAGCCAAGCAUACUGCAGAGACAGAAAUCCGCAUGACAUUCUGCAGAAUUUGGAAAUGGAAAAUGCCAACUACUGGUUUGGCACAGGCGUUUUGGUGGCUCAUUUUGCAAUUUUACGAAUACUAGCCUACAUAUUCCUCAGAAGCAGAGUUUACUUUAGCCGAUAAAUUUUUUAAAUGUGGAAAUAAUAAAUAAAUAAACUUCUU